GUGAAUUGCUAAUCCUUUGUCAACCUUCCCGAUGCGUUUUCUGCAAUUAUGCGUCACAUGCUUUGUUGUCUUUGCAUUGAGUUGAUACAGUUACAGGGGUCUGCCUCUUCCUUCUCGGGGUGCCAAAAGACCCAUUCUUAUCCAUCUAUAUUUUCACUCUAUAAAUAGCAAAUUACUCAAUGUUUUGCUGAAAAAAUUAAGGAUAUUUUGAGAGAAAAAAAUGUUGGUGAUGGGAAUAAGCUUGCAAUGUUUGAUGGACUUGGUGGUAGCUGGAUUUUCCCUAAUGAUUGGGUUGGGGAUUUUCGCUUUUAUUGCUUCAAUUUUAUGCUCUGCUGCUUUUUAUCAGAAUGCAAAGCAACUUUCUUGAAACCCCUUU